AAAAAAAAACUUUCCUCCUCUAUUGUCUUGUAUGCGUCUCUCUCUCCCCGUCUCUUGGGCCGUGACCUGUUGAGUCCCGACUGAUCACUCAUCACAGAGACAGAGAGACAGAGACAGGGAGAGACGGAGAGGGAGAGAUGCUGGAAAACCCUACACCUACACUACCAGCAUCGGAUGCACCCGUCAAGCGAUAUGCUCCUCCCAAUCAAAGGAAUCGCAAUCUCCACCGGCGCAAGUCCUCAGAUCGGUUUGAUCGAGCAAACAAUCUUUACGGGAAUGAUGUAGAGAAGAAUCAAGUUGCUGCUCCUAGAAAUGUGCCCAUCAUAGAUCAUGGUGAUUCAGUGAGCAGCAAUCUUCUGAAUGUAAACCCGCGUUCAAGAUUGAUUGCUUUAGAGGGGUGUUAUAGCAGUGAAGCUUCUCAACUCUUGAAUGAUCGUUGGGCAGCUGCAAUGCAUUGCUACAGUAAUCCAUCAAUAGAUUUAUCUGAGAGACCAGUUAUGUAUGCUGCACCAGCGUGGGUUCAAGGUCAAUUUACACCUCAGGGAAGAGUGGAUUUCUUGGGUGAACUUCGUCGGGCGGUGCGCAAUGCGAAUGCCAGUUUUAGCACCUGAUGCUCCAUCGGAACGGACGAAUGUUAUGGACUGGAUUUGUAUAAUACUUUUGGAAUUCAAUUUCAGGGGUACCUUGUGGCCAAAAAGAAAAAAAAUUGAAAGAACAGGACUGCCUGUUAUUUGUGUUUAUCAAAACAAAAUUUGUGAAACUUUGUUGUUAGCACAUGGUGAUUAUGGGACAAAAAGCAUGGUCCAUGCAUCUACACAAUCACAACUAAGCAUGUGCUGCGUGUAUCGACCAUGUAUGUAUGGCUUAUGUAUGGAUAUAAUGAGCCACAUCUCUCUCUCUCUC